CACCGGUGGCCAAGAAGAGCAGCGUUCUCAUCCAUUCAAACUGUCAGUGUAUUCAAACCUCAGGGACAGUCUGUCCCUGAGGUUAAUGGUAGAGCGGGAUGGCUGGUAACCGGCAGGUUGCUAGUUCGAUCCGCAGCUCCUACUAGCUGAGUGUCGAGGUGUCCCUUAGCAAGACCCCCUCGCCCUGACUGCUCCCAACGAGCUGGUCGCCACCUUGGCAUGGUUGACGCCGUCGUCGGUGGGUGAAUGUGUGCAUGAAUGGGUGAAUGUUGGGCAAUAUUGUAAAGCUUUGAGGGGCCACUGGUUAGAAAACCGCUCUAUAAAUGCAGUCCAUCUACCAUCACCAGCCUGCAGCUCCUGGCAUAACAUCAGCGUGAGCCCGCGGUCUCGGCGGCUGCAGUAGCCCCAGACAUUCUCGGUCCACUUUCCAGUUUCUUUCGCACGCUGUUGUGUGAGUUUCAACGCUAAUCUUUGAGCUGAGCUAGGCUUGAGGGAAACGGUCGGCAAACCCUGCAACAGAUAGUGAAGUGGUUAAGUGAGGAACAGUGCCCCCUCUUGAACGCAUAAUCAAAUGGGUUGUGCUGUUCUCUCUAGCUCCGGUGUCGUGGCGUAUAGACGGCUAAGUUUCUCCCUCUCUGGUGGCUCAGUUUUCUCUUGCAGAGAGGCGCGUCUUUGUCUGCUGUCAACUGUGACGGGGACGUCCCUCUGGACAUCGCCGUGGACGAGGCGACCGAGUCCCUCCUCCAGGAACACACUCGCAGUCAGGGCGUGGACCUGGAGGCGGCCAAGCGGCUGGAGGAGGAGCAGAUCAUGCUGGACGCCCGCAGCUGGCUGACGGAGGGGCUGCCCCGGGACACCCGCCACCCCCGCACCGGGGCCACGCCCCUCCACGUGGCCGCCGCCAAGGGCUACCUGGAGGCCAUCAAGCUGCUGUGCCAGUGCGGUCUGGACGUGUCGGCCAUCGACUGCGACGGCUGGACGCCGCUCCACGCGGCGGCGCACUGGGGCCAGGCCGAGGCCUGCUGCAUCCUGGCCGAGCAACUCUGCAACAUGGACGCCCAUAGCAACGGGGGCCAAACGCCGUUCGAUGUGGCGGACGAGAGCGUGGAGGCCCUCCUGACGGAGCUGUCCCAGAAACAGGCCAACUGGCGCAGUGAGCGGUCGCUCCUGGAGAGACAGAACCCACCGGGAACGAACCCGGUCAACGGCAACAACAAACGCCGCAGGAGCUCCGUGUGCCGAAUGAGCAGCAAGGACAAGAUCAUAGUAGCUGACCAGUCCAAGGAAAGGGGCAUCUCCGGGGGUCACGAACUCAGCGAGGAGCGCGAAAGCAGCCCCGAGAGCUCACCUGUGCCCACUCCGGACAGCGAGAGCGUCACAGAGUCCACGGUCAGCCCUGGAGAUAGGAGCCUGGAGGACAAGGAGGACGAGGAGGACGACAAGGCCCUCCGCACUGCCCGGGUGGCCCCCACCUCCCAGUGGCGUGACGGCGGCGGCGGCGGCGGCGCCGACAGCAGCCCCUCCACUCUGAGCGCCGACCGGCGCAAGUUCCAGGCGCCGGUCCGGGACGAGGAGUCCGAGUCCCAGAGGAAGGCGCGCUCGCGCCUCAUGCGGCAGUCCCGACGCUCCACGCAGGGAGUGACGCUCACCGACCUGAAGGAGGCCGAGAAGAGCUCGGGCAAGGCCCCCGACGCCCCCCCCCCCUCCGGCCGCAGCGUGCUCCCCGUCAGCCCCAUCGUCACCCUCACCCCCGCAGAGAGAGACACUGACCCACCGAGGGACGUGGAGGGCGAGUCCCGGCUGGGGGUCAAGGACAAGCGGAGAACCAGGAGGGAGAGGCGCUCCACCGGGAUCGGGCGUCUGGGUCUGGAGGACGAAGAGGAUGAUGACACAAGCACAGCCAGGACAGAUGAGACACACAGCAACAGCACCUCCAGUGAUCCUCAACCAGACAACUCUUCACUGGACUACAAACUGCUUUACCGGGGGGUACUGCGGGAGAACGUCACGCUGAAAGAGAAGCUGCAGGAGACGGAGCUGCUGCUGAGCCAGAACAAAGUGGAGCUGGAGAGACUGCGACAGAGCCAAGAGAGCAGCAUGCUGCGACCCGCGCUGCUGGAGCUCGAGCGCUUCGAGAAGUUGGCACUUCAGAGGAAAGCAGUGGAGUUGGAAGAUGAGCUCAAGGUGCUGGUGGACCUCCGGUCGGACAACCAGCGGCUGAAGGACGAGAACGCUGCUCUCAUCCGGGUCAUCAGCAAGCUCUCCAAAUGAGGCUCGGCAGAACCGGGCGGAACCCGGCGGCCAACAGGAAAAACAAAAAGUGUUAACGGCCUCUCCCCCGGCCCCCCCCCCCGCGCCCGUCUCACGCGUCACAGGGCAGGGACGGGGUCCGGGGGCGUCGGGCGGCGAGUGACGUUAGACGUAGAGAGCGGGCGAUCCUCGCGGGGCGGCCCGUCGACGCUAUACUUUCAGUGUUUGGUUGGUUUGUGUUGCCUGUGGCUGGGACUGUUUUGGCAUAUCUACUGUACGACGAGCUGAGCGCCACCUCCUCGCCCUGCGACCCGGCAGAGCGCUGAUCAGUGGUUCUGCUUCAAGUCCACCGCCCUUUUUUUAAUUGUGUUUUUUUUUUUUUGUAUUAUUAUUUUAAAAACAAGACUAUUUUGAUGUGCCCUUUGCUCUUGUUGCUAUAUUUUUAAGAUAUACAGUCAUUGAAAAAGAGAGAAAGAAGACCUACUUUAAGCCAUGUACAGAGAUGUCUCUCGAAAGCGAUCGUCUUCAAGGAACGUUCCGGAAAGUGUGAGCGGGUUCGGGGUGUGCGUGUUGGACCGGGUGUGUGUGUGUGGAUGACUUAGAAAUGAUUUUAUUGUGCCAAAAACAAACCCUAUUUUCCCUGUUGAGUUUGUUGUUGCUAUUAGGUGCAGA